AAGGCGCCUGCGCAGACCCUGAAAAGCGGCCAGGGUGGCCCCUAGCUUUCCUUUUCCGGUUGUGGCGUCGCGUGGUGAGGUUCUCUAGGCCACGCUCGGAGCCAUGCCGUCCAAGGGCCCGCUGCAGUCGGUGCAGGUCUUCGGACGCAAGAAGACAGCGACAGCUGUGGCGCACUGCAAACGCGGCAAUGGUCUCAUCAAGGUGAACGGGCGGCCCCUGGAGAUGAUUGAGCCGCGCACGCUACAGUACAAGUUGCUGGAGCCAGUUCUGCUUCUCGGCAAGGAGCGAUUUGCUGGUGUAGACAUCCGUGUCCGUGUAAAGGGUGGUGGUCACGUGGCCCAGAUUUAUGGUGAGUCCCAGGAACUGGGCGCAUGGGGGAGGUGGCUCUGGGAGGGAGGCCUUCACAGCGCUCCUGUACCCUUUAAUUGUGUGUCUUCCUCACAGCUAUCCGUCAGUCCAUCUCCAAAGCCCUGGUGGCCUAUUACCAGAAAUAUGUGGAUGAGGCUUCCAAGAAGGAGAUCAAAGACAUCCUCAUCCAGUAUGACCGGACCCUGCUGGUAGCUGAUCCUCGUCGCUGCGAGUCCAAAAAGUUUGGAGGCCCUGGUGCCCGUGCUCGCUACCAGAAAUCCUACCGAUAAGCCCAUCAUGACUCAAAAUUCACUUGUAUAAUAAACAGUUUUUGAGGGAUUUUAAAGUUUCAAGAA